AUGACAUCUACCACACGGCUGAAACCACAUCUGAGGCAGAGGCUGUCCCAACAAUCUCAGACCAUCCACAACCCCCUCUGGGAAGUUUAUGGCAGGCAUGACAGCCUCCUGCUCUGCAUGCGAGGUGCAAUCCUUCAAACUGGGGGAAAAGAGAAAAAGGCACAAAAGCAAUCUUUAAAAGACACACCCAAAGUAAACCUUUACAAUAUACAAGUGGGCUUUGCUGCCCCGAUGGCUUUUUGCGGACCACCCCGAGCACCUGGAGCCCCCACCGCCUCCUCCCUCCGCCGGUGCGUGCGGGGGAAGUGCCGGGACCGCCCGGCCCCAGAACCUCGGGAGCUGCCCCGGGCCGGAACCGAAAACGAAAGCGGCUUCGGGGCUGCGAUAAAGCGGGGCCGGGCUCGGGCAGGCGGGGAAGUCGGGGCGCGGGAGCGGAGAGGUGCUGACAGCGAGCCCCAUCCCUGCCUCCGGAGCCCCUCGGUCGAACCUGCGGCCACCGCGCCCCCCGCCCUCCUGCCGCAGCAGAGGCACCCCGGAGCCCCGGCCAUGGCUGAGGAGUGCCGAGACGAGCGGUUCCUCUACAUGAUCUCCUGCUUCAGGCCGCGGCUGAAGCAGGUCAUCCGUGUGCAGCCGGUGCUGGACCUGCUCCCCUCGCUGAGCGCGGAGGAGAGGGAGAAGGUGCGGGCGGCCGCCGAGCGGCGCGGUGAGGUGGAGGGGGCGGAGGAGCUGCUGCGGGCCGUGGAGCGGGGUCCCCGCGGCUGCGGAUGGUUCCACGAGUUCCUGCAGGCGCUGGAGAACGGCGGCUGCAGCCUGGCAGCCUGCUACCUCAACCCCAGCCUCAGCCUCCUGCCCUCGCCCGCCGAGGAGGCCGACCACGACCUCUGCGUGCACUUAGUGCAGCUGCUCCACGGCACACUGGUGGAUAAAAUGCUGCCCAGGCCGGUGGCUGAGAAGUGCCUAGAGAUGGGCAUUUUCCAGGAGGACGACCUGGAUCGGAUUCAUACUGUUACUGACAAUCGUGGGAACAGAGAUGGUGCAAGGGAACUGUUGAGCAGAAUAGUGCAGAAGAAAGAUUGGUUCUCUCCUUUUUUGGUUGCUUUGCGUGAAACCGAACAUGGAAACCUUGCAGAUGAUUUAAAUGGAAUUACAGGAGGAACAGAGAAUAGACAAAAUGGGAUGAACAAUACAAAUGAAGAAACAGAAGUUACAAGCCAACCAGGACAUGCCGCAGUGGAGGAUUUGAAACAGCAAGAAAAUGUGAAUGAUGGUUUCAGCAGUGAGAACACUGCAUUGGAAACAUCUAUUGGAAACAAUUCUGUAGUUCCAGGUAGCCACUAA